AUGGAGUUGCUAGACUCUGGUCCCUCUAGCUCUGGUCCCUCUAUCUCUGGUCCCUCUAUCUCUGGUCCCUCUAUCUCUGGUCCCUCUAGCUCUGGUCUCUCUAGCUCUGGUCCCUCUAUCUCUGGUCCCUCUAUCUCUGGUCCCUCUAUCUCUGGUCCCUAUAACUCUGGUCCCUCUAUCUCUGGUCCCUCUAUCUCUGGUCCCUCUAUCUCUGGUCCCUAUAACUCUGGUCUCUCCAUCUCUGGUCCCUCCAUCUCUGGUCCCUCCAACUCUGGUCCCUAUAACUCUGGUCCCCCCAUCUCUGGUCCCUCUAUCUCUGGUCCCUCCAUCUCUGGUCCCUCCAACUCUGGUCCCUCCAACUCUGGUCCCUCCAACUCUGGUCCCUCUAUCUCUGGUCCCUAUAACUCUGGUCCCUCUAUCUCUGGUCCCUCUAUCUCUGAUCCCUCUAACUCUGGUCCCUCUAUCUCUGGUCCCUCUAUCUCUGGUCCCUAUAACUCUGGUCCCUCCAACUCUGGUCCCUCUAACUCUGGUCCCUCUAUCUCUGGUCCCUCUAGCUCUGGUCCCUCUAGCUCUGGUCCCUCUAGCUCUGGUCCCUCUAUCUCUGGUCCCUCUAUCUCUGGUCCCUAUAACUCUGGUCUCUCCAUCUCUGGUCCCUCUAUCUCUGGUCCCUCUAUCUCUGGUCCCUCUAUCUCUGGUCCCUCUAUCUCUGGUCCCUAUAACUCUGGUCCCUCUAUCUCUGGUCCCUCUAUCUCUGAUCCCUCUAACUCUGGUCCCUCUAUCUCUGGUCCCUCUAUCUCUGGUCCCUAUAACUCUGGUCCCUCCAACUCUGGUCCCUCUAACUCUGGUCCCUCUAUCUCUGGUCCCUCUAGCUCUGGUCCCUCUAGCUCUGGUCCCUCUAGCUCUGGUCCCUCUAUCUCUGGUCCCUCUAUCUCUGGUCCCUCUAUCUCUGGUCCCUAUAACUCUGGUCUCUCCAUCUCUGGUCCCUCCAACUCUGGUCCCUCAAACUCUGGUCCCUCUAUCUCUGGUCCCUAUAACUCUGGUCCCUCUAUCUCUGGUCCCUCUAUCUCUGGUCCCUAUAACUCUGGUCCCUCCAACUCUGGUCCCUCUAUCUCUGGUCCCUCUAUCUCUGGUCCCUAUAACUCUGGCCCCUCUAUCUCGGGUCCCUAUAACUCUGGUCCCUAUAACUCUGGUCCCUCUAUCUCUGGUCCCUCUAUCUCUGGUCCCUCUAUCUCUGGUCCCUCUAUCUCUGGUCCCUCCAUCUCUGGUCCCUCCAACUCUGGUCCCUCCAACUCUGGUCCCUCUAUCUCUGGUCCCUCCAUCUCUGGUCCCUCUAUCUCUGGUCCCUCUAUCUCUGGUCAGUAUAACUCUGGUCCCUCUAACUCUGAUCCCUCUAACUCUUGUCCCUCCAUCUCUGGUCCCUCUAACUCUGGUCCCUCCAUCUCUGGUCCCUCUAACUCUGGUCCCUCCAUCUCUGGUCCCUCUAACUCUGGUCCCUCCAUCUCUGGUCCCUCCAACUCUGGUCCCUCCAACUCUGGUCCCUCCAACUCUGGUCCCUCCAACUCUGGUCCCUCUAACUCUCCUCUCAGGCCUGGGUAUUGGGUUGGGGUUUACUCUGUCUACCUCCCAGAGUGA